UCGUACCUGGAUCAAACCCUUCCAGCCUGGUUCAUCAGGAGGACUGCAGCACUUUUUACCCACAGGCAGCAAAAGAGAGACAGGCAGACAGACAAAAAGCGUUUGGAGGAAUACACAACUUCAGUCUGGUUUGGACCUCUGCAUCUCAGAAGAUCUCCCACAGAUCCUUUGACAUCGGGCUCGGGGUCGGGCCCAGGAGGAGCCGCCACCAUUGCGUCCAACGAGUGGAGCGCCAACGGAAGCCCAGAAGAUGGGCUGGACGGGGACAACGAGGACAAGACCCUGGACGGGGACGCCGAGGGGGUGUGGAGUCCGGACAUCGAGCAGAGCUUCCAGGAGGCUCUCGCCAUCUACCCGCCCUGUGGCAGGAGGAAAAUCAUCCUGUCAGACGAGGGGAAGAUGUAUGGUCGGAAUGAAUUGAUAGCAAGGUACAUAAAGCUGAGGACAGGCAAAACCCGCACAAGAAAACAGGUGUCUAGUCACAUACAGGUGUUAGCACGGAAGAAAGUUCGUGAAUACCAGGCGGGUAUAAAGGCGAUGAAUUUGGAUCAGGCGUCUAAAGACAAAGCCUUGCAGAACAUGGCAGCACUGUCAUCUGCACAGAUCGUCUCCCCCAGUAUGAUCAAGAAUCACCUUCCACCACUGCCUCCUACCCCUUAUCAACCACCCAGAUUCUGGCCGGCUAUGCCAGGACAGCCUGGACCCUCUCAGGAGAUGGUUCUAGAUCUCAACCCGGGAAGGACUCCUGGGUUUGGCCGCACCAGCCAUGCUAUCAAACCUUUUGCACAGCCCCCAUACCCCAGCCUAUCAGGUCCUGUGCCACAACCUAUAACGAGUUAUGAACCCUUAGCACCUCCUCCUGCACCGGCCGCCACAGCAGUGCCAGUGUGGCAGGAUCGGACCAUCGCCUCCUCCAAGCUGCGGAUGCUGGAGUAUUCAGCCUUCAUGGAGGUUCAGAGAGACCCAGACAACUACAGCAAACACCUGUUUGUCCACAUUGGACAGACCAACCCCUCCUACUCCGACCCGCUCCUCGAGGCCGUUGACAUUCGGCAGAUCUACGACAAGUUCCCUGAGAAGAAGGGCGGGCUCAAAGAGCUCUACGAGAAAGGCCCUCAGAACGCUUUCUUCCUAGUUAAAUUCUGGGCGGACUUAAACAGCAGCGGCAUGCAGGACGGGCCUGGCUCUUUCUACGGCGUUAGCAGUCAGUACAGCAGCCUUGAAAACAUGACCAUCACUGUUUCAACCAAAGUCUGCUCAUUUGGAAAGCAGGUCGUAGAGAAAGUAGAGACAGAGUACGCCCGUCUGGAGGGAGGAAAAUGUGUUUACAGGAUCCACCGCUCUCCGAUGUGCGAGUACAUGAUCAACUUUAUCCACAAACUCAAACACUUGCCUGAAAAGUACAUGAUGAACAGUGUUCUUGAAAACUUCACUAUCCUACAAGUGGUGACGAAUCGUGACACCCAGGAGACCUUGCUCUGUAUAGCAUUUGUUUUUGAGGUUUCCACAAGUGAACACGGAGCUCAAUAUCACGUCUACAGACUUGUUAAAGACUAACUGCUCUUCAGGAAGGUUUUAUUCUCCUUGGAAAAGCCAGACAGAAGCGUGACACAAUCUCUCUUCGACCAGCUCAACCAUCCAGGAAAAAGAGAAGAACUAAAAACACUCAAACAAUCCUAGACCGGACUAACACAGACACAUUUAACACUUUAAAGAAAAAAGACCUGUUCACAAAGGAAAAAAAGGAGUGAUUAUCAUCUGCCAGCACACGAAGUAAUUUUGAAGAAUGAUUGAUUUUUCAAACAACUAGCUAUUUUCCAUGUGUUUAAACAUGCUUUAGAUGAAGUGGGUCACUUUUGCCGAGGUAAUGGAGGGAGUUUGAUAUGUUUGACUGAGGGAACGAGAAUGUGUUUAAGGUUUAAAGGACUCUUAUCGUAUUUAAGGGAACUCUGAGCAUUAAGAGUAGUGUGUACAAGAUUUAAAGAGAUAAGAUAGCAGGACCAUGGAAGAGAAAAAACAGAGCCUAGUAGUGUUUUAGUAGGGAUGUUAGGAAAGAAAGUGCCUUUUCUCCAAAGAUAUCAUCGCCUGCCACUUUGGAUUGCCUUUUUUUACUACCUCUUAUUUUUAAUAAACAGAAAAUAGUCGGACAGGUGUAUUUUGUCAUAAAUAUUAGAAAGAAACCUCUCAGUUCUACAUCUUUAGAAGCAGUUUUUGUAUUCUGGCACACAAAGGAAUGGGAUGGGAUUAUCCAUUUUCAUGUAGCCUGUUUUGUACGAAACAAUCGUCCUACAUUUUACAGUCAAAGUGUACAGGGAGAAGGUUUAUUGUGUUACAAUGCCAUUUAGAUUCUGCUUUUUUAAUGUCUUGUUACACAGUUUAAAAAUCAGGUCUUACAAGCAUCUUUCUAUAACUGACUUUUGACACUAGGGAUUCUUUGUACUAUUGCUAGCCUGACAAAAAGCAAAGGCUUUGCCAUCCUUACAAGAUCCCAUUAUUUCUCUCUGUUUGAAGACGUGUGCUUUGUUGCACUUAAAGAUCGAGAAGUGUCGAGGGUGAAGCAACAACAGUGCUUAUUUUCUGCCUUGAGUUAUGUAGCCUAAAUGAGAAAUGAAUUGUUUCUGUACUGUGAGUCAGUGGAUGUCAAAGGAAUAUGUGUUACAUCGGAGUAUGUUUCUUUUUUGUCGGGGGGCGUUGCCUUAAUGUCCAUAUUUGUGAUCAAUAUCUCAGCACAGAGACCAUGGUUUAAAGUGGAGAGAAGUGAAUCACUGUUUCUUUUGUUUAAAAAAGAGAUUGUAUGCUGUGAAGUCAGUUUAUUUGCUUCACCCUUCUCUGCAUAGUGAGUGGAGAAGUUGCAUAUGUUGCUGAAAGUUCAGUUUUGAUAUUUAAGACGAUUUUUUACUGAAAUUACACAUGAAAUCAAACUGAAUAAUUGUCUUGAAUGAGAGCUAUUGUCUCUGUGCUGUGGAGUAUGACCAGUGAUUGUUAUUUAUGGGGUUGGAUAAGA